AUGGAAAAACUACAAGUACCCCAAAAAUUGAUACGAUUGGUGAAAAUGACUAUGCUAAAUUCUAGGGCAAGGGUAAUAACAGAGAAUGGACCAGAUGAGGAAUUUGAAAUAAAUGCUGGAGUAAGGCAGGGUGACGGACUCUCAGCGGUAUUGUUUAACAUUGCAGAUGAAGGCAUAACAAGAGAAUAUAACGGCGAGUCUGAGCAAAAUAAUGCUGAAUUGAGAAGAGAAAGUGCUUCAGAUGUAGAUAUUGAUGCUUUUGAGUCUAUCCAAGAAAUUCCGGCUAAGAAGCUCACUGUAAAAAAAAAGAUAUCUGAACUCAUGGAAGAAGAAUACGCAAAAAAUGUAAGAUUGGAAGGAAAACAGUACUACAAACAACAAAGUUCAACAAAUUUAGUAGGAAAGUUCACUCAAAGCGUUCGUAGGAUAGUUCAAGACGUAAAGGAUGAAGGAACAGCCACUGGAGCAACAAAAGAAGAAGUGAUAGAGACCAACGAGAGGUUAAGAGCAGUGAGAGUACGAAUGGAUGAAUCUUAUGAUACUGCCAAAAAGGCACUUGUGGGACUCAUGGGAAAGUAUAACGAGAGUAAAAGCGUCCAUAAUAUAUUUCAAAGAUACAAUAUGCUCAAAGCAAUGAUCAAGGAGGUGAUACGAUUAGAAACGCAAUAUUGGACAUUGGUGGAUAUUCCAAAGCAAGAAAAACAAGAAACAGUGCCGGCUUUUGUUCUACGGGCUUGCGCUAUUAUGGAAAAAACACAGAAAUCUGGAGAAGGUGUCAAAACAUCUGCAAAAUUGGCAGAGGAGGCACAGGAUAAAAGAGAACGAAUAGAAAGAUUAGAAAAUAUGACUACAUCGCAAAUAGACGCUGAGAACACUCAAAUGACGAAUGACCUCUACAGGUUAUUAAAGAAGUAUUCCGGUUUAAGAAAUCUCAUUCGACAAUUAAAGACUGAAUACACUAAUGCCAAGUUAUAUCCUAUGGUGCUACGUUACUCAAUGUUAAAGGAUAUGAUCAAAGAUAUUAUGCUUCAUCCAGAUUACAUGGAAGUAUGUCACGAAGUCGACGCAUAGCCAAAGUCGUUCUCCUAGGUGGGACUUCGUCGGCAAAGCGUUAGAUUUUGAAGCUUUUGCCGAAUUCCAUCAAGGAAAUAAUUGAAAAUACGUAUUUUCACAAUAGACGAUUAGAAAAUCAGAAGGAAAAUAUCUUU